AUGCCCUCCUCUGUUGAAUGCUACCUCCUGGCUCCGACAAAUGAUGUUCCAAAUAGUCGGCUGCCGGUGAUUCUUUACCGAGACGUGUUGCCCGAGCCCCGAAACGAAGAGACGACGACGCAGUUCUUGACAGCGUAUGGCUGGGAAAAGAGAGGAACUUGGGGGCACAUCUCAAUGCGGCACUUUCACCCAAAUACGCAUGAGUGCUAUGGCGUCUUCCAAGGCAAUUCGACGCUGCUCCUGGGAAAGAUACAAGAUGGAGAGGGGAUUGAAGUCGACGUGCGUACUGGCGACGUGAUUGUCCUUCCAGCCGGAACAGCUCAUUCCUCUCUAGAGAGCCAUGACGACUAUCGGUACAUUGGCGUCUAUCCAAAGGAAUGUCCUAAAUGGAUAAAUGAAAGCGGCAAGCAGCCUGCGACUUCUUUUGCCUUGAUGAUUCGAGAUGUCCCCACGCCAAAGGCUGAUCCAGUAUACGGAAAGCAAGGGCCGCUGGUGGCGUUGUGGAACACCAAGCUUGAAGCAAAAUUGUAG